AUGUCUGUCGCUCACAGAAACAUUAAUAUCGAUUCCGUAAAUCUAGCGCAGAAGUCCGGUCUGACUCUGACGAUAUUAGGAUGCGGAACUCUGGGAAUUGCCAUAUUAUCGGGCAUAUUUGCCUCUCUCGCAGAGGCAGGAAGUCACUCCGCAUACCCAUCGGAGUCCGGCACCACCACACCCUCUGAAAUGGUCCCGCAGCAAAAGAUCCCCAGUAAAUUCAUUGCCUGUGUACGGCGACCCGAGUCUGUAAAGCGCGUCCACAAAGCCCUCGAUGGCUUCUCCAUGCCGUUAACCGUGGUACAAAAUGAAAACGUCAAGGCCGUCGAGCAAGCUGAAGUAGUCAUCCUGGGCUGCAAACCAUACAUGCUUCGAGAUGUGCUUGACGAACCGGGAAUGUGCAAAGCGCUCCAGGGAAAGCUUUUGAUAAGCAUUCUGGCCGGUGUAACCGUGGAACAGAUCGUAGACACUCUAUACCCGCCGACAUCUUCAGUUCCAGAAUCAAACCGCUGCCGUGUUGUUCGUGCCAUGCCCAACACCGCUGCUCUGGUCCGCGAAUCGAUGACCGUCAUCGCCACCUCCAACCCGCCUCUCCCCGAGGAAUGGAACGUGCUGAUAUCCUGGAUAUUCUCCCGGGUGGGACGGGUUGUAACACUCCCGCCGUCCAUGAUGGAUGUAUGCACAUCGCUUGCAGGCUCUGGACCCGCAUUUGCCGCACUGAUCAUGGAGGCGAUGGCAGACGGGGCUGUGUCAAUGGGUUUACCGAGAGCUGAGGCACAGAUGAUGGCUGCCCAGGUCAUGCGUGGUACGGCUGGUAUGGUUCAAAGUGGUGAGCAUCCGGCGCUGAUUAGGGAGAAAGUCAGCACCCCUGGAGGAUGUACGAUUGGUGGGUUGUUGGUGCUGGAGGAGGGAAGGGUUAGGGGGACGCUUGCACGAUCGGUUAGAGAAGCAACCGUUGUCGCGAGUCAGUUGGGGCAGGGCAUUCACGGUGUGAAUAAAACUCGAUUUUAA